AUGGCUAACUCCAAGUUUGCAACACAAAACCCAUUCUCCAUUUCCCUCGUGACCCUAAUCUUUUUCCUCUCGCUAAUUACCAUUGUCAAGUCAGACUCAUUUGAUUUCAACUUCCCAAGUUUUGAGGCAGGUGUUAAAAGCAUAGUAGUGGACGGUGAUGCUAACACACGAGGUGGAGUACUACAACUGACUAAAAAGGACCAAUACGGUAACCCAACCCAACACAGCGUUGGCCUCGCUGCAUUCGUAGGAACAAUUCAUCUCUCUGACAAAAAAACUGGGAAAACCGCAGAUUUCACCUCAGAGUUUUCUUUUGUUGUGAACCCAAAGGGUGCACAACUUCAUGGUGAUGGCUUCACCUUCUUUAUUUCAUCAAUAGACUUUGACUUCCCAGACAAUUCAAGCGGUGGAUUCCUCGGACUUUUCAACGAAGAAACAGCCUUCAACACCUCCAAAAACCAAGUUGUCGCUGUUGAGUUUGAUAGCUUUGCAAACGAAUGGGACCCUAACUACCCAGUGUCUGAUUUUCCUCACAUAGGAAUUGACAUCAAUUCCAUUAGGUCUUCUGUAACUGUGCCAUGGCCAAGUGAAAGUCAACCACAAGGAGCAAUAGGAAAGGCACGCAUAAGCUAUGAAUCUGCAUCAAAACUCUUGAGUGUUGCGGUAUCUUAUCCAAACAGUCCUGUGAGGUUGAAUGCCUCUGUUUUGUCGUAUCCUGUUAAUCUUGCGAGUGUUCUUUCUGAAUAUGUGUUUGUUGGUUUCUCUGGUACCACUGGCGACUUGGUUGAAACAAAUGACAUUCUUUCGUGGUCUUUCAGUUCCUCCUUGUAG